CCCUACCCGCAUAAAGAAGUUGGUCACAGACAUGGCCUCCGCCAGCGGAGUUCGUGCCGUGCCUGCCAGAACAACUACCAACGACGAAACUAUCGGGUGCCGCUUAGACUUUGGCCCAAAGCUGGCAGGUGAUAAGCGCCAGUACAAUUUCCAGCUUAAUAAGAACGCUAGAAACACUAGCGUGAAGAAGCUGGCUCAGAAGAACAGCCACAAGGUCUGGUCAGAAGCGGAAAUUCAACAAAAGUCCGAGCCUACCGAUUCCGAGUCGAAAACCAUAGUCGAGGGCUUUUUCGACAAGCUGGAGUCUAACAUGAAGACCUAAUGUCGGGGCCGCACUCAGACUCUGGGGUAGGGCGAGAGGCGAGGGGCCGGAGGGGGGGCUUGCUG